AUGUGCAAUAUUCUUAUGGAUGGUUUGGAAUUCGAUGCCAAUCAACAACAAACUCCCUAUUGCAAGAAGGAGAAAUAUUCAUCUAUGAUGGAAAGGAAACAGUAUCGGAUCUCGACACUAUCCAACAUUGCCUCAUACAAAGCGGAAAAUGCAUAA